AUGCAUCUGCAAAUCGUGUGCCUAAAUGACGAAGUCCGGGAGAUGUACAAGAACCAUAAGACGCAUCACGCAGGAGACAGUGGCUUGGAUCUGUUCAUAAUAAAGGAUGAAGUUCUGAAGCCAAAGUCUACCACCUUUGUAAAGUUGGGAAUUAAAGCCAUAGCCUUGCAGUACAAGUGUAACUACUACUACAAGAGUCACGCGAAUGCGGGUGCACAAGUCAGUACGGGUGGUGCCUGCAUGAAGGAGAGCAGUGCCCAUCAAAAGAACCCAGAGAUCGUUAACACCAGCUACUUGUUAUUUCCUAGGAGCAGCAUUUCGAAGACUCCACUGCGGCUAGCCAAUUCUAUAGGAUUAAUAGAUGCAGGCUACCGAGGGGAACUCAUUGCUGCUUUGGACAACACAAGUGAAGAAGAAUAUGUGAUUAAAAAGAAUGACAAGCUAGUGCAGCUUGUUUCCUUCACGGGGGAACCCCUUUCCUUUGAGUUGGUGGACGAAUUGGAUGAGACGUCCAGGGGCGAGGGCGGCUUCGGUUCGACCUCCAAUAAGUAG